GUCGACUCAGUCGUACGACUCGUGCGCCUGCGCUUAAGCGUACGCUUGUCGAAACUGUGGGCAAUUUGAAAGUUUAAAACUUUUAUUAAUACUUUCUUUUGUAAAGAUGUAUAUCGUAUCAAAUUUUGUGAAAGUUACUGUACCAAACUAUUUAGCUGGACUACCUAUACCAGAUUCAUUCGGCGGGUGGUUCCGUUUAGGAGUCAAAGAUUGGCUUGCCCUGAUUCCACCUACAAUUGUGAUUGGUGGCAUCAGUUAUUACUCAUAUCAAACUAUAAAGCAAGCAAGGGCCUUCGGACGAAUCAACACAAUGAUAAGAUUAGAUGAGAAGAAAGUUGUAGACUUUGUUGAAAUUGAAGACAUUGGUGAGAAAAUGUCACUAUGCAGAUGCUGGAAGAGUAAAAAAUGGCCUCUCUGUGAUGGUGCCCAUGGGCCUCACAACCGAGCUACAGGAGACAACACUGGCCCUGUUGUUAUCCGCAGAGUCAAACCAGAGGAAAACAAGUAAUUUUGUAUUAAUCCUAGCUAGCAAUUUUAUUAUUGUAUAUUAGCACAAUAAUAAUAAGCUAUUCAACGCUGGGUGAUAUGUGAUGUGAUUAUUUAAUAUACAUAAGAUGUAUAUUACUUAGUAAAAAGUAGUUACCAUUUAUUAUAAUUUCUAUAGCAAUAAAGUUAUCACUGCACAAUUCUUGCCUGUGAAUCUUAUUAUAAGCUUAAUGCUCUUGUUCAAUUUGUAGACAACUAUACCAACUCUAUUAUUAGUUUCUUAUUUGUAAAAGUACAAUUUUAUUGCUCUUUAUAAGAAAAAGUAUUAUUUUUCCAAAACAUAGUAUUAUUAAUAAAUAAUAAACAUUUUUAGUAUGAAUCAAUAUGAGAUAGUGAACAAUUUGAAUUUAUUUUGUUAAGGUUUAUAAUAUGUGAUAUAACGUGGUGCAAAUAAUUACGAUUACAUUCCUGUUCCUACAUUGUAUUAUGUAUACAAUGUAUACUGUGUUUUAUAAAUAAAAAUAUUUUCUACAGUUUUUAAGUUUUAUUUACUUGAAACUAAAUUAUGGGUGAAAGCAGUGAAAGUAUUAUUUUAAACAUCAUAGGCUCCGAGCAGAAGUCAUUUUCCGUUUUAUCAAAUUUCAGUUUGUUUGCAUUUCACACAUUGUUAAUUUGUUAAACGUUUUCAGGCAUUUCCCUAAACUUUUUCCUAAAAUAAUAAAAAUCCUAUACAAAAAAAAAUCAACAAUAAGGUAGGGAAUGCCUUAAGGUAUUAAGUCUGCCAUUAUGUACCUUUUUUAUUUCGCGCCUUGGGUUACUGACCAAGUGGGUG